GUUAGCAAGCGCACUUGCCGGAAAUUACGUCAAAUAUCUACCCUUUUCCGCCAUACCUUAUUCCGGCGAGACAAGUUUAUCAUCCAUCAUGCCUAUCGAAGCAGUGGAGAAGCCUUUAGAUGAGGAGACAAAGGCUGAAGAACUUUCUGGUUCUGAUGAUUCAGAUGGUGACGAUGAUUCUCCACCAGAAUUAGAAGAACAAGAUGCCGCUGCUAUGGCCAGACAGAGUCAGAUGGCCCAGGCUGCUGGUCUCCCAGAAGAAUUAGUUAGCCGACAGAAACAAAGUCGAAGUGAAAAAAAAGCCAGAAAGGCAAUGGCUAAAUUAGGUCUAAAGCCUGUUUCUGGAGUUACACGAGUCACGAUAAGAAAAUCUAAAAAUAUAUUAUUUGUUAUAAAUAGACCCGAUGUUUUUAAAAGUCCUGCUUCAGAUACAUACAUAGUAUUUGGUGAAGCAAAGAUUGAAGAUUUGAAUCAAGCAGCCCAAAUAUCUGCAGCUGAAAAAUUCAAAUCAACAGACAGUGCAGGUGGAUUAGACACUGGAACUGUUUCACAACCUAUACAAGAAGAAUCUGAAGAUGACGAAGAGGUUGAUGACACUGGUGUUGAAGCAAAAGAUAUUGAACUCGUUAUGUCUCAAGCCAAUGUUUCUAGAUCAAAAGCUAUUAAAGCCCUUAAAAAUAAUAGCAAUGAUAUUGUUAAUGCCAUUAUGGAAUUAACAAUGUAACAUUGGUUUGUGAAAUUUCUACUGCCUGUUCUGUCCUGUUUGUUUUAUGUAAAUUAUUAGCCUGUGUAUAUUAACCCUCAUCUUGUGGGUGAAUUAAAAAAAACUUUUGAUAUAAAA